AUUUGAGUUGCAGACAUGCAGAGCCCGCACAUACAUAUUCUGUGUCGCUCCCAAAACUGAAAGAUGAUCACUUUUGAAUUACAGUGCUUAACGAUCGCAUCACAGUUGGAUUAAUUAAUUUUAUUGGUUAUCAUUACAUUACACUUCUGAGGUGAAGUAUGGGUGCGCCAGCGUGGGGCUCACGCGGCGGCGGCGACCGACCACGACUCCUGCGCAUGACUCCGCUACGCCAUAGCUUCGCAGCACCCGCCUCCCCGCCCGCUCCGCCACCUCGUACACACGACUACGCUUCUGACGCUGAUACUAAUAAGAAGGAAGACGGUUGGAACGCGAAUCUCUCACAAAGAUGGAGAAAGUUACGACGUCGCUGCUCGAGGCUUCGCCCUGGCUCUGGAAAUGGCAACCGCGAGCCAAGCCCCUUGCGUUGUACGCCCUCACCUCCACGACCGCCACCGCACUGCUCACCAGCACCACCAUCGAAACUGUCCUUUCGGCAUCGUGGAAAAGUAUACACCACUGCAUCAUUAAGAGUAACAAGUGGAGCACCUGAUAUUUUGCGCGCUCUGGGUAAACUAGGUGGAGGCUUGCGAAGAAGAGCUCUAUCGGCUCAUGACGUUUUGACGCCGCCCCAACAGCAACCUGCUACUUUUUAUGUUCCUAGUCCUACAUCUGUUAGACAGCCUCCUUCACCGUCCCCGCCUCGACAAUCAGCAACAUUGAGACGAAGAUGCAGCUCUCCAAAUGUUUAUCGUCCCAAAGCAUCACCAAAGCCUCGCGAUCGCACUCCUCUUAUAAGCCCAGAAGACGAAACCCGUGAUGUAGUUGACCUUGGAUACAUUUCAGAGCAAAGAUUAAAUGGUCACGGCUCUGAAAGACGAAGUCGGAGGCCUUACAGCGAGAAUGUAGAAGACGCAACCGCUUAUAGAAAUGGAUACAGUCGACUUUCACCAGAUCCUCAGAGGAUUUGGGAAGAACCAUACCGUCUACCGCGGGUACAGAUAAGGCAAGAUCGAGGGGACUCUGUGCAACAAAUCCGGAAUGGUGUUGCUGAGCUGCGCGUUAGUAAUACGCCUCGUGCCCCUCGUCCUCCUCCUGCACCACCAGUAAAUGGCCAAGUAAUUAAGAGAACACCGGCGCCUGAACCACGAGAUACACACACUUUUGAGGUGCGUUUCACGAAGUCAGCAGGCGGAAAAGGCCUUGGCUUCAGCAUAGUGGGCGGUCGAGAUUCGCCUCGAGGUGAAAUCGGCAUUUUUGUCAAAACCAUUUUCAACAACGGCCAGGCGGCAGAAUCCGGUCUUCUGAAAGAAGGUGACGAAAUUCUCUCAGUAAAUGGAAGAGGUACAGCGGGUUUAACCCAUGGGGAAGCCAUCAGGCUAUUCAAAGACGUGCGCGCAGGACCGGUGCUGAUCCGCGUCGCGAGGCGUUCGCCUGUGCGCUGACUACCCUGCGCCUGCUGUGGCGACCCACAGCCGCUGCAGGCGUCGCAAGGCAUCCUUCCCGAAACCUACAAUACUUUGUAAUAUUGUUCGAAAAUGUACAACCGUUUAAGUCAUUAUCAAAAUAUUGAACGAGGCGUUAAUAACCUUCGCUCACCAUCACACAGUUUAAAUAUUACAAGAUGCUGUGAUAUUGGUCUCUCGCAGCAGUCGCAGCCUGAACAGUGCUUUUGCAGCAUUCUGUUCUACUACUCGUAUAAGCUAUGCAAUUCUAUUAUUACGAUCUGCAAUAGGUAUUUAAGAUCAUUGCUUACGAUAUAAAAUUAUAUCGCCUUAACAAUGUGCCAAGAAGAGAAAUAUUUUUUAAUGGUAUUAAAUAUGUAGCUUUUGCACCUACAUAGCCUAUACUCUAUCUGUUGACCAGAAGUCUCCUUUAAGGAGAGCUUAAUGUAGAAAUUGUGUACAGGACAUAAGAAUGUAUACGCAUAUAUGUUAGUUUUUAUAUAGUGCUAUUGUGAAUAGAACAAGAACAAACAACGUCAUAAGGGAAUCCGAAAUUUAUAAUACAACAUUACAGAAACUAAUAGAAGAACAGUUCGACUAACUCCAUUCAAUAGUGGAUCACGUAAAUGUCUACAGCUAGACAUUCUAAUAUCUAAACCACGCGUCUAUUUAGCAAUGAGAUUACAUCGAGGAAUAUAGACAAUCCAUUUAAAAAGAUUUUAACAAAAUGCCUUAUGUAGAGACAUAGAACUUUGACACAGUUUAUCUAAAAUUGUCUGUGAUAUGAUAUUCAAAGCUGAUCGCGCAAAGAUGUAUGUAAAUAUUUAAUAAGUUUUUGUAGUUUUUAAAUGAUUAACUUAUUUUUAUAUUAUAUGCGAUAAAUGUAACUGCGUGCUGUAUGUACGCCUUUCUGUAUUUAAGACCUGAAGUUUCAAUAUAGAUACUUAGAUGUAGAGUUAUACGAAAUUUAUUAUUUACAACCUUUCUAACCAGUAAUUGUCA